UUGACGUUUGUGAGUCCGCCUUGACGCGGUCAGGCUGGUGUUGUCCAUGUGCCACUCACUCACUGUACCCUUGGGGCGCUCGUCGAAGGACAAAGUAACAAGCGGCGAAUCUUGUCUGGUUUUGGGAAAACGCGACUGCAAUGUAGCGGACGUCACGAACCCGGAAGUGAAACGCAAGACUGGCGCUGCCUGUUUUUGACAGAAUGCAAGCUAGCCGCGAGCUAACGUUGGCAUAAAAAUACGAGCGAGGGGAGCUCGACUCUUUAUAAAGGUCAAAUAAGCGAGGACAAUGGUCCCAUCAUGAUCCACGCCGAUGGCUUCUCCAAGUACCAGGCGAGCGUGCAACCGGGAGGCAGGAGGAGACCUCCCACAGAGAUGCUCCAUCUGCUCUCUGCGGUUAUUGUUUGGCUAGUGACGGGGACCACCAUCUCCAGCCUCAACAAAUGGAUCUUUGCCGUGUACAACUUCAGGUACCCCCUGCUGUUGUCCGCUCUGCACAUGCUGACGGCCAUCGUGGUGGACUACGGCUUGAUCAAACUGCGGGUGAUCCGCCACGCGGGGGUGCUGGAGCAGGACUUGACCCCCGGGGCCAAAUGUAAAGUUUUCCUGCUGAGUCUUACGUUUUGUGCCAGCAUCGCCUUCGGCAACAUGGGUCUGAACUACGUGCAGUUGUCCUUCGCGCAAAUGAUCUACACCACCACCCCGCUCUUCACUCUGGCCAUCUCCACGCUGAUCCUGGGCAAGCAGCAUCACAUCCUCAAGUACACAGCCAUGAUGCCCAUCUGCCUGGGGGCCUCCUUCAGCAUCAUGGGCGAGGUCCAGUAUGACCAGACCGGCUGCUUGUUUGUCAUCGCAGCCACCAUGUUCAGGGGUGUCAAGUCCAUCCAACAGAGCAUUCUCCUUCAAGAGGAGAAGAUCAACUCUGUGUUCCUGCUCUACCUGAUGUCCAUUCCCAGCUUCUGCAUCCUGGCCGUGGCGGCCUUGGCACUGGAGAAUUGGGCCCUACUGGAGUCGCCGCUGCACUACGACCAGCGCCUGUGGGUCUUCAUCCUGCUCAGCUGCCUGGGCUCGGUCCUGUACAACCUGGCCAGCAGCUGCGUCAUCACGCUCACGUCGGCCGUCACCCUCCACAUUCUGGGCAACCUGAGCGUGGUAGGCAACCUCCUGCUGUCCCAGCUGCUCUUCGGCAGCGAGUUGUCCGCCCUGAGCUGCGCCGGUGCCGUGCUCACGCUGUCGGGCAUGCUCAUCUAUCAGAACUCCGAAUUCAUCGUCAGUUACAUGGACACGCGCAGAGCCAAAAUGAAGGAUUCACAAGGUAAGGACAAAAUGGAUGUCGCUGAAAUGAGAUGUCGUUGGCAAAGAACAGAGCGGGACAAUGAGGACCCGACAGACUGAAAUGCAGGUAGUUCUGCUUAAUUAGUCAAGAGCAGCUGACUUUUUACGGUGAUCCUCACUGAUGAUGACGAUGUGCCAGAGUACAGGAAUCCCCCACAUUUCAGAGGUAAUACGGACUGAGCCCUACCAAGUAAUUAAGUUCGUAAUACCUUAUUAAUAGUUUUAAACUGGCGCGGUCCCGGUCACAUUUUCUUGCAUCCCAGUCACAGUACAUUGAUUUUGAGUAUUGCCUGAUAUUGAGUCUUAUCCAAUACCUCGCCAUACAUAUAUACGAGCGCAUUCGCUUUCUUUAGUAAAUGAUACAUUUACAUGGUUAUUUAGAAGUAUGAGUUAAAUGUAUGACUCAGUGCAGCUGCUUGUCAUGAAGUAUUUGACACUUGUAGCAUUUCUAUUUGAAAGGAAAUCGUUAAAAAUGUCACAUUUCUUAACCUGUAGCUCUUAAACCCCGACAAUGCAAGAUCUUUCGGCUUGCCCUGACUGUAGGCCGUGUAGGCAAAAUAUUUCUGCAUCUCACUCUGUGCCUCUUCUUCUUUAACAAGCUGGAGGACGAACGUGAAAACGUGACCUUUCAAACAUGAGUUUUACGGACAAAAGCAAAGCGCCGCCCACUACAGAGCACUGUGGCUGCAGGGCAGAGGCACAGCCACCUACAUAAACCCAGCGCUGUAAAAAAUAAAUAAAUAAAUAAAAGGCCGCUAUUUUUCAUCCGAUACUGAUGAGCUGGAAAUUACAUAAUCGCCCCCAAUCUCCGAUCACGUGAUCGGCUCAGGUCAACUGUAGUUAAAACCAUAAUUAUAUCACAAAUUACAAUCCAAAAACUGUUCAAUGUCACACAUGCUGUAGAUGACUUUCCUUUCCACUAACAACCCCAGGCUAAGACAUAUCACUUCAGCGUACUUCAUUGAGACUGAUUUUUAUGUAGACAGGGCUUUGGUUUGGCUUGUAGCAGCUUAGAGCACAAAAACUGCAAACGAUGAGUGAGUUUUACAAUUACUAACUGAUGAUAGAUUUCACACAAAAAAUACAAAAAUAAAAGUGAAUAUUUGGGGGAUUACUGUGCUCAUACAUCUUCAAUGUGCCAAGCUUACUGUGGAGUCCAGAAGAGGUGGUCUUUUUUUUUUUUUUUUUUUUUUUAAACUAUAUAUUGAUUGUCCAAUGACCAAUCCUCCUACCGACUCCUCUGUUUGAAUAUCACUCUGACAAGGCCUCCACCCGCAUGUGUUGUGUUUAUGCAAGUAAGCACACUUACACCGUUUGGAUACCUGGUGAAGAUUGCACAAUGACACCACCUAAACUCUCCUGCGAACCAGACUUUGACGUUUAAAGCAGGGGGGCUUUAGCGCUGUUUAGGGUGGUACUGUUACACGACUCCCUGGUUCCUAAUUUUAAUUAGGGACGAGGAUUUUGGCAUCUUUUUUCCCCAGUUAGAUUUAUUAUGCCGCAGAAAGUGGUGAGUGAAUCCCCACUGAAAGCACCUAAUUAAUCAUAAGAAUAAUACAGAGCAGCCUACAUUUUCAGUCUCCAUAGAAUACUUCCCCUCUUUUUUCACUGCUAUCAUUAUUAGGACCACACACUCCCUAAAGUAGUGUUUCCCAAGAUGAGUGAAAUUGCAUCAUUUCCCAUGGGUUCCCAUGGUUGGGAAUCACUGCCCUAAAGAGUGUCGCUCAAAAAGAGAGGAGAUGGAGAUGGAGCUGCCCUGCAAGCUGCCAUGUUCAAUCCUAACCAAUGUUUCUUUGACUAGGGAGGACAUUUUGUUUCAUUAUUGUGACACAUCUUCCAAACUAGACUUCUGCUGGACAGUAACAUUGCCUCUUAAAAUAUGUUUUACUUAUAUUUCAUUUAAUGACAUUUUGCCUCCUCACUCCUAUUUAUUUUUGAAUGUCCAUAGCAGUCACUGACUUUGAAAUGUUGUCUUGCACAAGCGUCAGUGUUCCUGUUGUCGGACGGAAUGCUAAAUGCUGCUGCGUGUGUGUAAUAUAUAUAUGCCAAAUGUUUACUUGUGUUUAAGCAUUUUUCAUUGCACUGCGGCGUCAAACUGGUUCCACACCAGAACCGCCAAAGCCAUCCAUCCUAUUUUAUUUUAUUUGCUCUACUAGUAAUUGACAAAAUGAGACUGUCUGAAAAGUUAUGUUUACAGGUGCAUCUCAAUAAAUUAGGAUACGGUGAAAUUUUUUUUAUUUUAGUAGUUCAAAGGGUGUUGCAGGAUUAAAACCUAUUUUAAAAAUAUAUUUUUAUAUGAGCUACUGAAAAGUAGAGUGAAGUAAUUCUAUUUUUGUCAUUUUGCAGGAGAGUGCUUUAAAGUUUCAUCAAACGUUCAAAUCAAGCUUUAUUUAUAGAACACUUUUCAUACAAUGAUAUGCAUCUCAAAGUGCUUCACAUAAUUAAAAUCAAUCCCCUCCCACCACUUAUCCACACAUACAUGCACACACACAGUUAAAAAAGUGAGCAAAUAAUAAUGUAAUGACCUAUGGCUGGGCACAGAGACAUCAAGUGGGAAACGUCAUCUCAGGGAGCCGUCUGAACCGAGAACAGACAGCAGAUCGCGGCCACGGUACCGGCAUGGAGCCCUGGUGUAGUGGUGUAGGGAAAGCCACAAAUGGCGACUGAUGACCCAUGUGGCAGGACCAUGGACAUGAUUAAUUACAGCUCCCACUGCAGAAGGCUCCCUCUGAGGAAACACUGAAAGACACUAAAAAUAAUCAUAAACAUGCAUUUAAACAAAAACAAACACACAGCUGCAUAAAACUCAGCUUUCAGUAAAAGUUUAAGACUAUAGAAAAUAGUAAUGAAACAUUGAAACUAAAAUAGUUAACUAUUAAAAUAGUUAACACUACUGGGGUAAGUUAUAAAGUUAGAAGUUUCUCACUUAGGGCCUCAGGGCCGAUGACUAAAACUUCAGUUUUGUCCUGGUUAAGCUGGAGAAAGUUCUCUGGCGUCCAGGAUUUGAUGUCUAAAAUACAGUUUAAAAGAGUAUCCAUUGGACUGGUGUCAUCAGGAGACACUGAGAUGUAUAGCUGUGUAUCAUCAGCGUAGCUGUGCAAGUUCACGCCAUGCCUCCUGAUGACUCUGUCAAGAUUUAGACCAGUAUUCAUCUGAAUGAUAUGCCAUUUCUGCACUUAACUUUAAAAUGACAGAAAUGGAGUUCACCCACUCUAGUUCUCAGUGCUAUCCAUAUACCAGAUUUUCACUGAUUGCCGGUGAGCCGCGGUUCGCUGUAUAGAAAUAAUGUAGGAAUUGGACUUCUGAGUAGUAUUUUCCUUUGUGUUUAUUGAAUCAAUACUGUGAGUUUCACUUUUUGAAAAGAACUACUGAAAUGAACUUUUUGACCAUAUUCUAAUUUAUUGAGAGGCAUGUGUAUAUUUAAGAUGCCUCAUACAUCCCCAGACUGUUUAACUACAUUUAUUUUCCUCGAUGGUUUGAACUUUUAAAAAAAAAAAAAAAAAAAGAGGUUUCGGGAUUCUUUUUUUUUUUUUUUUAUCAAUCCACUGGUUCAACACUUGAAUACCUCAAGUAGCUUUUCAACUCUGGCGUGAAAACGUCUUCAAGGAAACAAAAGACAACGUUACAAGCAUGUGUUUUCAACUUUGUGGUUAACAAUAUAGUGCACUGAUGAGGUUCCGAGCUGCUGGUUGUAUGUACUCUGUAUUUUAUUAUUAUUUACAUUAUGUAUUUUUAUUGUCCCGAACAGCACAGUCGACUGGUUCAAGAAUGCAUCAGGCCUUAUUGAGACAUUCUGUAGAAGAGUGGUUUGCCAUUUAGUUUGGAUGCCUCCAUAAAUGUUUUUGUUUGGGGGCAAAUGUGUUGGGAGAACUCAUGCAAACACAAUCUGCUGUUUGUUCAUUAGGAAUAAAGGACUGCUACAAUAACCGACAUUAUA